AAUAGGGAUGUUUUGUGUGCUCUACUCUACUCUCUGUAAUAUUACGUCACUAUUAUGUGUUAAAUUUAUAAUUUGCAAUUCACAAAAAGCAAUAAAUUACAUAAAUUAAAUAAACAAAUAUAUUUUCAAUAAUUAAUAGCAAUAACAAUGACAAUUUAUUAUAAACAAUAUAUUUUAAAAUAUAUUAAAAGUUUAGUUUUAUUAUUAAUUUCGUGAAGUGUUUAAUUUUUGUUGUUAUAAAUAAUAAUAAACAUUAUUCAAUCACACAUGUGCCUGAUAUUUUAAAUUAUUAAAAAUUAUUCAUAUUUUAUUUUUAUAUAUAUUUUUUAUUUAUUUUUUUUCAUUGACAUUUUAUCGAGUCUCUACGUGUAGAAUAUUUUAUGCACAUUUUAUGCACGACCUUGAACAAGAUUGCGCAGCUUUUAUAAUUUUUUGCUUUUAUCAAGCUCAAUUAUUAAAAUAGUAAAUGUAAAAAAAUAUUUAUAUUAAAUCAAAAAAAAGUGUAAAUAUUUUUUACAAUAAAAAAAAUAAUUAAUUUAGUGCCUAUACUGCAAGUUGUUGAAAUUUAUAAAUAAAAUAAAAAGAAAAUUAUAUAAUGAUUUUAAAAGUGUUCAAUUGUUACGGAUAUAAAUAAAUAAAUAAAAUAAUCAAAAAUAUUUUUUAAAACAUAUCGUGUUAGAUGGAAAAAAAAUAAAUAAAUAAAAAAUAAUAAUCAAAAUGUUGAAUAAUCAAAAAAUAAUCAAGUGAUGAUAUUUUUAUGAGAAAAAAAUUUAUCAAGUAAUAGUGUAUGAUAAUUAUUGAUUUCUAAUGAUUCGUAAAAGUGGUCGUAUUUCAAGAAGUGGUGAUAAGCCAAUAAAUAUUGGUAAAAAAUAUGUGAAACGUUCAGUAAAUGAUACAAAUAAUGAUAAUGGAUUUUCAUUAUUUAUUAAUAAAAAAAAUAAUGAACAACAUGAUGGUGUACAUGGUUCAAAUGCAUCAACUGAGCCAUUGUUGGAUGUUAAUAAUGAUAAAUGGGAUGAUGGAUCUGAUCUUCAAACACCAAUUGUAUUAACACCAGUUAAAUCAACAUCACUUAAAUUUCAUUCAACGCCAAAAGUUUGUUUUGAAACAGAUAAUAUAUUAUCAUCAAGACGAUCAAGUACUUCAAAAUUACAAAUGUCAAAUUCAGUUAGAAGACGUAGCCGUAGUAUGAGUGCAUGGAGUGAUUUAUCAAGAUGUUCAUUCAAACUUGAUGAGAGAGUACGUGUUGAAUAUUACGUUAAUGAAAAUACAUUUAAAGAAAGAUUACAAUUGUAUUUUAUAAAAAAUCAACGAUCAAGUUUAAGAAUAAGGGUAGCAAAUCUUUUCUUCAAGCUACUAACAUGCUUUCUUUAUAUAUUCAGGGUUAUUACAGACAAUGUACCAACUUUUGCAUCAUGUUAUGGCUGUACACCUGGUAAUAAAUCAGAUAUAAUAGCAUCACAACGUCUUACUGAGGAAGAGUUUAUUGAGCAUUCAACAAUAAAUUGGGAUGCUAUAUUGUGGGUGAGACGUCCCAUUGAACUAUGGCUUGUUGAAGUUAUCCUUGCAGUCAUAUCAUUAACAGAGUCACUUUUAGUUGCCUAUCUCGGUUACAAGGGUAAUAUUUGGCAACAACUUUUAUCAUUUCAUUUUAUCCUGGAACUUAUUAAUACAAUACCAUUUACAAUAACGAUAUUAUAUCCACCAAUGAGAAAUUUAUUUAUACCAGUUUUUUUAAAUUGUUGGUUGGCAAAGCAUUCGUUAGAAAAUUUAUUUAAUGAUUUACACAGAGCAAUGCAAAAAUCUCAAUCGGCACUGAGUCAACAAUUGAUGAUACUGAGUGUAACACUCUUGUGCCUUGUAUUUACAAGCGUUUGUGGAAUUCAACAUUUCCAGAGAGCUGGACAUAGACAUCUUAAUUUAUUUCAAAGUACAUAUUUCGUCGUCGUAACAUUUUCAACGGUGGGCUAUGGAGAUUUUGUUCCUGAUAUUUGGCCUUCUCAACUCUACAUGGUUUGCAUGAUUUGUGUUGCACUUAUUGUAUUACCAACUCAGUUUGAACAACUUGCAUUCACUUGGAUGGAACGUCAAAAACUCGGUGGUUCAUAUUCAUCACAUCGUGCGCAGAGUGAAAAACAUGUUGUGGUAUGUGCAACGAGUCUAGCUGCUGAUACCAUUAUGGAUUUUUUAAAUGAAUUUUACGCUCAUCCUCUUCUUCAAGAUUAUUAUGUUGUGUUGUUGUCACCAAUGGAAUUGGACACAACAAUGAGAAUGAUCCUUCAAGUACCAAUUUGGGCACAAAGAGUUAUUUAUAUUCAGGGCUCAUGUUUGAAGGACGGUGACCUUGUUAGAGCACGAAUGAAUGAAGCUGAGGCAUGUUUUGUUCUUGCAGCACGUAAUUAUGCUGAUAAAACAGCUGCUGAUGAGCAUACAAUUCUCAGAUCAUGGGCAGUUAAAGAUUUUGCACCUGAUGUACCACAGUAUGUACAAAUAUUCCGUCCAGAAAAUAAGCUACAUGUUAAAUUUGCUGAACAUGUUGUUUGUGAAGAUGAAUUUAAAUAUGCACUUUUGGCAAAUAAUUGCACGUGUCCAGGUGCAUCAACGCUUGUUACAUUGUUACUUCAUACAUCACGUGGACAAGAAGGACAAGGCUCACAAGAAGAAUGGCAUAGACUGUAUGGUAAAUGUUCAGGAAAUGAAAUUUAUCAUAUUAUUCUUGGUGAUUCAAGAUUUUUUGGUGAAUAUGAAGGUAAAAGUUUUACGUAUGCAUCAUUUCAUAGUCAUCGUAAAUAUGGUGUUGCACUUGUUGCUGUAAGACCAGCUGAAUUACCAGAAUUUUAUGAAGAUACAAUACUACUAAAUCCAGGACCAAGGCAUAUUAUGAAAAAAACAGACACGUGUUAUUACAUGAGUAUUACGAAAGAAGAAAACUCAGCAUUUGUCGUCGCGAAUAAUAUCGUAACAACAAAUAAUGGUGAUCCAACAAAAGUUGUAAUUGAUAGUAAACAUACAGAAGCAACAACAAUUAAUCCAUCUUGUACAACAACAGCAACUGAUGCUAAUAUUGGUGGAAAUAAUAAUAAUACUGGUGGUGGUGGUGGUGUAACACGUACAGGAACUGAAGCAACAUUGCUAACAGCAACAACAACAACACCAACGACCACAACAACAACAGCAUAUAAUGGAAAUUUUAUAACAUCAACUGGAGGAGGGAAUGCAACUUAUUUGGAUCCAUCAAAUUUAACAGAUUCAAGACAGUGUUUACGUGAUUGUGGAUCAAGUCCACAAACACCUCUCACGUUGAAUCAUCUUGAUGUACCAAGAUCAACAGAUCCAAAUCCAAAUUUUCUUAAUCCAGAAGGUCUCAUGCAAAGACGAGGCAGUAGACGACCAAGUAUUCUUCCAGUUCCAGAUAUGCUGACAAGCUCAACAUUUCAUUUACCAGAUCAAGAAUCAUUGGAUCAUGAAGGUGAUGAGUCAGAAGAUGAAAUGGAUGAUGAUGUACCUUGGAGAUCACCAAGUGAAAAAAUUGCAAUUGUCAAGGGUUUUCCACCAGUUUCACCAUUUAUUGGUGUGUCACCAACUUUGUGCUAUCUAUUGAAGGAAAAAAAACCACUUUGUUGUUUACAAUUAGCACAGGUUUGUGAGCAUUGUAAUCAUAGAAAUGCCAAAGAAUAUAAUUGGCAAAACAAAACAAUUAUUUUAGCAGCUGAUUAUGCAAGUAAUGGAAUAUAUAAUUUCAUAAUUCCCCUUCGAGCCCACUUUAGAUCAAAAACUUCAUUAAAUCCAAUAAUAUUAUUGUUGGAAAGAAGACCAGAAAUAGCAUUUCUCGAUGCAAUUUCCUAUUUUCCUUUAGUUUAUUGGAUGCUUGGAUCGAUUGAUUGUCUUGAUGACUUAUUACGAGCUGGUAUAACACUUGCUGAAAAUGUUGUUGUUGUUAACAAAGAGCUGAGUAAUUCAGCUGAAGAGGAUACAUUAGCUGAUUGUAAUACAAUUGUUGCUGUACAAACAAUGUUCAAAUUUUUUCCAAGCAUUAAAAGUAUAACUGAAUUAUCACAAUCAAGUAACAUGAGAUUUAUGCAAUUUCGAGCACAUGAUAAAUAUGCAUUGCACCUCAGCAAAAUGGAAAAGCGUGAGAAAGAGAGAGGAUCUCAUAUAUCUUACAUGUUCAGACUGCCAUUUGCUGCAGGCAGUGUUUUUAGUGCAUCAAUGCUUGAUACACUACUUUAUCAAGCAUUUGUUAAAGAUUACGUAAUAACAUUUGUCAGAUUAUUACUUGGAAUUGAUCAAGCACCUGGUUCAGGAUUUUUAACAUCGAUGCAAAUAACGAAAGACGACAUGUGGAUCAGAACAUAUGGAAGAUUAUAUCAAAAAUUGUGCUCAACAACUUAUGAAAUACCAAUUGGUAUUUACAGAACUCAGGAUACAUCAGUCAUUGAUAAUUCAAACUAUUCAAUGAGUAUGGGUGAUGAAGCACGUGAUAAUCAUGCUGAACAAAUUGAAAGAGCAGAAAUAGCAAAUCUCGUACGUUCACGUAUGGAAAAUUUAAAUCUUCCAACAGUUGAUUAUGAUGAUGUAUCAGAAAAACGUAAUAAUUUAUCAUAUGUUAUUAUUAAUCCAAGUUGUGAUUUAAAAUUAGAAGAAGGUGAUAUUAUUUAUUUAGUACGACCAAGUCCAUUUUCAGCUCAAAAAACAUUUGAACGUCAUAAUUCACGUAGAAAAAGUAACAUUAGUUUUUGUUCGGCACAAUUAAUUGCACAAAUGAGUGCAGCUGUACAAUCAGCUGGUAUUGGUAUGAAUAAUAAUAAUAAUUUUAAUAAUAAUAACAACAAUAACAACAACAAUAACAACAACAACAAUAAUAAUAAUAUAAAUAAAAGUAAUAUUAAUUAUGAUACAAAUCGUCGUGGUUCUGGAAUUGGUAAUGUUAAAGCACCACCUUAUGGUUCAACAAAAUCAAAUUCAUUAUCAUUACCAGAUAGUCCAACUGUUGCUGGUUGUCAACGUGGACGUUCAAAUUCAUUACGUGUUGUUGAUGAUAUAUUAUUACGUAGAAGUAAUUCAUUACGUCAAGGUUUUAAUACAAGACGUAAAAGUAGUCUUGAAAAUAUUGGCUUUAAUUCAUUAUCAUCACAAUCAACAAAUAGAAAUCCAAUUAAAAUUGCAUUAAAUGGAUCAAUUGGUCUUGAAGUAACACCACCAGAAGAAGGUGGUAGUACAUUAUGUAGUGGUGGUAGUAAUACUGGUAUUCUUGAUAUUGGUUUACCAUCAAUGCCAAAUAUAUGUACACCACUUGGUGCUGGUCUUGGUGGUUCACUUGGUGGUCUUUAUGAUCCUCCAUCAAUAUCAUUAUCAUCAACAUCACAAUUACCAUCAUUACAAUUACAAUUACAACAAAAAAAUCAACCAUCACAAACAUCACAAUCAUCACAAUCAUCAACGAGUCAACAAGAUCCACAACAUAUGCAGGGUACUAUUGUAUGAUACAACUUUAUGUGGGGACGUAGACUCUCCACCGUAGUUCGAAAUAAAUGGCUUUAAUUAUUAUUAUUUUUAUUUUUAUUUAUUUAUUAAUUUAACAGUAUAUUUAGUUGGCAGAAUUUUAAUUACUGUUAUGAAUUAAUAAACAUUAUCCAAAUGGUGGUGCUAAUAACAAACUGCAUUCACAACGACAAUUUAAUUUUAAACAAAGUAUUAAUUAACUAAAUAAAAAUUUUAUUAAAUAUAGAAAGAAAAUUAAUUAUAUUGAGGCAUAUUGUUAAUAAUAAUUGUAGAAUCAUAUCGGAUAAAUUAAUUUGAAAAAAAACGAAAAAGUAUUAUCUAAAUUAUAAAUAUGCAAAAAGAAAAAUAAAGAGAUUUUUUCUAUUUAAUUGUUGAUAAAUUCGAAAUAUAAAUAGAACAAAAUAUUAUAAAUAUACUAUGAAAAAAAAUAAAAAUUCAAUUAAUAGUUUAAAAAAAUAGUUGCUAAAAUCUAUUUCUGGAAAUAUUUGGCUGAUAUUUUUUCUACAAGUAUUUGAUCAAAGAUUGAUGUUAUUGAAAUAAUUAAAAUCAAAUUUCAUAAAAUUUUAUUGUUUAAAUAUUUGUUAAUAUUAUUUGUUUGUAAAUUAAUUUUUCCUUUUUUUAUUGUAGUUAUAAAUACGAACGAUAUAUUUGUUCAGAGACCAAUAAUAUAUUAACAUUUAAUUUUUGUUUUUGAAAUUAUAAUAUUGUACAAAGAAAAAAAAAGAAAUUGUAUACAUUUGAAAUAAUAUUUUAUUUAUUUAUUUAUUAUUUUACAUUUGUUGUUUUGUUGUCAAAAAAAUAAAUGAUCCUGCAUUUACUUUUGGCUAAAUAAUUUAGCUGGUUUUAAUAUUAAUUAAAUUUAAUUAUAUUAUAUUAAAAUAAAAAUGUCAUAAUUGUAUUUAAGCUUUGUAGUUUUUUUAAGACUAGAAGCCUGAAACCUCUAUUAAAAAAGCUGAUAUUAAUUUUUAAUCAUCAGGAUUAUAUCCGACCAAUUGUAAAUUUUAAUUCAUAAAAAAAUUGAAUAAAGAGUUAAAGAGUACAAUAAAUAAUUAUCAAAUUAAAAAAGAAAAUUUUCCUUCAAUCAAUAAUUAUUAAUUUUAUUUAAACUUUAUUUUUUACUUCAAUUAGUAUUUUUUAUUUCGCAAAGACAUAAUCAAUUAUUCAAGUCAUAAAUUAUGACUCAUAAUAUAGAAAAAAUUAUUAAAUAAAAAUUCAAUAACUCUUGAUAAAAAAAAAUUCAAUUAAUCCUUAUCAUGAUUUUAACAUUGAAAUUAUAAUUCCACACACACAAACACACACGUCAUAUGAAAAAUUAAAAAUAAAAUAAACGAUUUAUUCAACAUUUUUUAAAUAUAAUUUUAUUUAUAAAAAUAUAACGAAAUAAAUGAUAUUUUUAUUAAUUAUGUGGAAUGA